AUGAGUCGACCAAGUGAAAUUGCGAGGCAAAUUGACGAAAUUGUUUAUCAUAUUAAGGGAAAAAAGGUCAGAAUACAAAAAGAACGGGAAGCAAUUGAACAAGAUAAGCGAGAAAGAAAUGAAUUAAUGAAAGGAAGGGACAAACUGGAAGAUGAGAUUGAAGAAUUAAAACUGAAAAUUGAUAGGGAACAAAGUAGAAUUUCUAAAAAAGAAAAGGAAGUUGAAGGGAUGAUAAAUAACAUUAAGGGGCUGGUUAAUGAUUUAGUAAAAAUAAAGGAAGAGUAUGAAAAAGGAAUGGUCAGUCCUAACCCAUACUCAAAAGAAGAACCCGUUAAAGAUAUUUACGAGAAAGUGGUAAAUUUUUUAAGAGACGAGGGGGUAGAAGAGAUGAAAUAG